AUGAAAAAUUUUGAAAGAAAAUUAGAAGCAAUCGAAAAACAACAUAAGUGGGCCAAAUAUUCGGGAGCACUGUUGAACCGUGAGUAAACUUAUCUUUAGCUGUAUUUCAAUCAUUUCCCUACAGAAGGAGACGAGUUAAUGACCAAAUUAGUGGACAGUAGUGGCGACCCAAAUAAAAAGGCUUAUUGUUCCAGUAAGUUUAAUUUGUCACAAUUAUGUAUUAUUUGUAAUUAUUUUACAUUUCCAGAAGUUCACGAAUAUGUAAAGAACUUGGAUUUUGUUCGGAAACACUUUCAAGAGACUUCGUACAAGAAGUUGCAAAUGAAUACAAGAAUAUCCAUUUGUAGUGUUCUAAUUUUCAUUUUCAAUGUUCAAAUUCAAUAA